UCUUUGACAUGCCUUAUGUCUACACUAUAUGAGAUGACUAAAAGCAUAAGGAGCCGUGGCAACGCACGGGCAGUCAACUAGUAUAAGCUAAGCGGGGAUCCAACCCCUGCGAGGGUAAAACCCACGGGGUUCGGGCCAAAACCCCUCCGAUCCCGGCGGGGGUGGGAUUAAACGAACGAAGCCUAAUCGGGAUUGGUUUAGGAAAGCCCGGGGGUACAUACCCGGUUUUAGAACUCAGGGGGUAAAUUGGCCCGUUUGUGAAACACCGGGUGGUUAUGUACGUGGACUUCUUUCACCAAUCUCUCUUUUCUCUCCAGCGAUCCGGCUCUCCAGCGAGGCUAUGGCGCUUGUGCCCAACCCCGGCGAUCCGGCUCUCCGCAUCUACGGGCCGAAAAUCUAUUCUGGGUAUCCCUCGCCCGAGGAUGAGUCCGAGUCCAGGUCUUACCUGCUGCACAAGAUCGGCUCCUUCUACCGCAAGGCGCGGAGGCGGCUCGCCUGCCGCCGCCGCGUGCAGCCGCACGGCCUCUGCGUCGGCCUCCUCGACCCGGUCGCCAACAUCGUCAUCAACAGUACCAUCGCCCACCACUCCCGCAAGCGCGACCACGAGGUCGCUGUGCUGCAGGAGGACCUGGAGCGCCGGUCGCUGGACGGCCUGGUGGUCUUCCUCACCCGCAUGUUCCCCAACCUCGCGGAGGGCCUGGCCGUGCGCUACCUGCACCUCGCCAAGGCCGACGCCCUCAUCGCCGCCUGCGCCGUCGCGUUGGACCACGGCAUCAAGUGGUUCCACGACUCCGAGGCGGCGCCUGCGUUCAUCAUCACGGCCCUCAAGUGCGCCGGGCUGGCCGCCGGGCACCCCGACGCCGCCCGCCUCAUCUGCGCCUGGCGCAACGUCUCCAGCCGCGUAGACGACGCGCUCAGCCUGCUCGACUUGCUCCGCGAAUCACAAUCAUCGCCACGCCACUGCUCGCACGUCGUCAGGGAGCUCGUCUCCAUUGUCAACGAGGGACCGCAGGCCCGUGAAGUAGCCGUGCGGUGCGCGUGGCAGCUCGCGGAGGCUUCCCUUCGCCGUCAUCCCCGGAGCAUGCCGCAGCCGGACAAUGACCUGCCCAACCGGACGCUCCAGGACACGAUCCACGGGUACUACCUCGAGGCCCUCACUCGGCUGUCGGCGGGCCCUGGCUUCCACCGCAGCCUGAUCAAGGCCGGCCACUGCUACGGCCCCCUCGACCCCGUCUCCAACAUCAUCGGCAACACCGUCUGGCACCACGCCACGUUCCCGCCUUCCAUGAAGCUCGAGCAGAACGUGAUCGGCACGCGGAGCCUCCACCGGAUGGAGAACCGCUCCCUGUGCGGCCUAGUCUCCUUCCUCUGCACUCGCUACCAUGGCUUUGGUUUCCAGCGAUCCGUGCGCUGCCUGCUUGAGGCAGACGCCAGCCUUGCGCUCGCUGAUCCCGACCUUGAUCCUGCCGCUGCCGCAAUUCGCCAUGUCCAGGAGGCUCAGAACUCCCCGGACACCGGUCUCAGGGAAGCCUUCUUGGCAGCCGCCACCGCGGCCUGCCACCCCAACCCGGACGCUCAAGCAAAGCUUCUCACUUCAUGUAAGGCGAUGCUGGGGCCUGCCAUGUCUUUGCUGCGUCCGGGCCGUGGCAAGCUCUCCUCUCAGGAUGUUCAGCGGCUUGCCAGGUUGCUAUCUCCGGAAUCCACAUAUGAUCAUGACUGCGAGAUGGCACUUCCCCCGGUCUCCCUCAAAUCCUACCCCCUUGCGGACCUAGCAGACCUCUAUUCAGUGGUCUCCAAGGGGGUCAACGUUCUGUUGAACAAAUAUCGACAGAUGCCAAAUGGGGAUCCCAGCUACGAGCUUCAUACGAUUUGUGGUGUGAAUGACCGGGUCGGCGGUCCUGCUCAAUGGCCUCCUCAUGAGUGUGGCCGCUGUCACGUCAACUUCCUGGCUACUCCCAAAAGCCCCUGUGAUGGAAAACCGACUUUGUUUUUUACUGAAAUUCAAAGCGAUGGCACAUACGAUUCCUUCUGUUGCCCUGUUGCUCUGCCUCCGCCAUGUGCUGCACAAAUUCGGUGUGUUUACUGCGAAGCCAUGGGGACUAGAAUUGUGCAUCCAGUCGCGAUAGACUUCCGCGGCCGUGAUUCGGAGUUUGAGAUGCUGGCCCGCGAAAAAGACCCCUGUCAGCGCGAGGAAGCAACCUUGAGAAUCAUCAGCCAUAGACGUCUCAUGGCGGAGAAUGUUCAUUGCAAGGAGAAAGAAGAUAUCCUCUAUGAUGGAGUGGAUGGGCACAAGAAUAAGUUUGAUAAUGUGAGUUCCCUGAGUGUGGAAGAAGCUAUGUUACUGGCACCACUUUGUCGCUAUAUGUAAGGUGUUGUGGCAUUGGAAAAUACUGUGCCAAUGCAAGACAAGUUAAAGUUUAUGUUAUCCUAGGAGUUGGGAUGGUGCUCAUGAAAUUUAACAAGUGGUUA